AUGUGGUUUCAUAUUAGCAGAGCCCAGGCUCUUAUCAUAUUUUCUCUUUUUACAUGGACGAAAGCUUGCAUGCAUGAACGACGCAUGCAUUCAAGCUUGACAGGGAAACGGGAUACCACUCCAUUGCAACCUCUAAAUCCAGAAGAAACUAUUCUGGUAGACUCAAUAUCCAACACGAGUAUAUCAGAAUGGUCCUAUUACUACACACAUGGUGCACAUCUAGCCGGAAAGAAUCAGUCGAUGGCAGAGUGGACGGCGGAACGUUGGGGGGAAAACGGCUGGAACUCAAGUAUCGUUUCCUAUUACGUUUACCUGAACUAUCCUGUUAACAAGUCACUAAGUUUGACGUAUUCUAACGGGAGUGUUUAUCGCCCGCUUUUGGAGGAAGCCGUGUUAAGCCAGGAUGAAACGACGGGCUAUCCUGACGCGAUACCUACGUUCCACGGCUACUCAGCUAGCGGCAGCGUAGAUGCCGAAUUCGUUUAUGUUGGACGUGGCCAGCAGGUUGAUUUUGACAGGCUGGUUCAACUCGGGGUACCCUUGGAAGGCAAGAUUGCUAUUGCUCAGUACGGAGGCCCCUUUAGGGGCUUAAAGGUGAAAAAUGCACAGGAAAAGGGUAUGAUAGGCGUGAUUAUCUUUACAGAUACCGCUGAAGAUGGGGACAUCACCGAGGCUAACGGGUACGCGGCUUAUCCGGAUGGACCAGCGCGCAACCCUUCCAGCGUACAAAGGGGUAGUGUGGAAUUUCUCUCAACAUAUCCUGGCGACCCGACUACUCCGGGGUACCCUUCGAAAGAAGACUCGCCCCGUGUAGAGAAUCCCGAAGUGCUCCCACAUAUCCCUUCAAUACCAAUUUCGUAUGCGAACGCAAUUCCAAUCCUUGCCGCUCUCGAUGGAUAUGGGACAGCUGGUAACGAGGUCAACCGCACUGGUUGGGUGGGCAAGCUGAACGUGUCUUACAGUACCGGCCCUGCACCUGGUACAACAAUUAACUUAUCGAAUUUUAUGGAGGAUACGUAUGCCCCGAUCUGGGAUGCGAUCGGUGUAAUUAAUGGAACGGUUGGAGAUGAGACAAUUGUGAUAGGAAAUCAUCGCGAUGCCUGGAUUGUCGGCGGUGCGGCUGACCCAAACAGCGGAUCAGCUAUUUUAGUUGAGCUUUCUAAAGCAUUUGGAAAGCUUCUAUCCCAGGGAUGGAAGCCGAAACGAAAUAUCAUCCUUGCGUCGUGGGAUGGAGAAGAGUAUGGUCUCUUGGGUUCAACUGAAUGGGUUGAAGAAUACAUCCCCUGGCUUACCGAUACUGCGGUAUCAUAUAUAAACGUUGAUGUUGGUACAUCUGGACCUUGGCCAUAUAUAGAAGCGACUCCAGAGCUUCAUAGUAUCGCUACAGAUAUUAUGAAGAAGGUUUUGUGGAAAGAUGCACGUAACAUGUACGACGUCUGGUUGGAAUAUACUCAAGGUUCUAUCGGUGUGCUAGGAAGCGGCAGUGACUAUACGUCUUUCGUCCACAGAGGAAUUGGUUCGAUUGAUAUAAGCUCUGGCCCGGGUGCAACGGAUCCUAUUUAUCACUAUCAUAGUAACUUUGAUUCUUAUCACUGGAUGUCGACAUUCGGAGACCCUGGGUUUAAUAUUCAUAAGUUUACGGCUCAAUAUGUAUCGCUUUUAGUUUAUAACCUCACGAGUCAAGAUGCGAUACCGUUCGACCUACCCAACUAUGGUAUACAGAUGGAGAGUUAUUAUAACGAUUUACUCUCUUUGGUAAAUUCAACCACACCCAUUUUGGAUACAUCCGCGCUACAAAAUGCUAUACAAGACUUCAAGACUGCAGCAGCGGAGGUAGAAGCCCAAAAGGAACAAGCGAUUUCCACCAAUGAUCCCGAGCUUCUCACCCUCGUAAAUCAUAAAUUUAGAGACUUCCAGCGAGGCUUCGUAUCUCAGGGUGGUCUGCCUAACCGCGAGUUCUAUCGGCAUCUUAUCUUUGCGCCGGGACUUGAUACUGGCUACGCACCAACAACAUUCCCGGGAAUAACGGAGGCGCUUAUAGCUGGGAAUAUAUCACUUGCAGAUGAGUUUGUUCAGAAGACCGCCAAGGCUAUCUUAGUAGCUAGAGACACAAUUAAGACGUAA